GCUGGGCUGCCGUAGCUCGGUGACAGUGGGCGUGCUGUCUGUCAGACAUGGCGGAAUCCGCUACAGAGCUGCGGUGUUUGCGGGAUAACCACGCUCAGGAACGGCUGCAGGAUGACUCGGCGCUUACUGAAACCUCCGCAGAGCAGACAAAAGUUGAGAAAAGCGUGGAAGCCAUCUACAAUGCUUUUAAGAACUGCCAAAGGUCCCCAGAACUUGUUCUGGAUCGGGAGGCUCACUCUCACUACUUGAGGAAGGGACUACGGUAUCUAUCGGGCUCAUAUGAGUGUCUUGAUGCCAGCCGUCCCUGGUUAUGUUAUUGGAUUGUGCACAGCAUGGCCUUACUAGAUGAGCCAAUUCCUGAAUCUGUGGCAUCUGAUGUCUGCCAGUUCCUGGGUCGCUGUCAGGCUCGUAAUGGUGGCUUUGCAGGAGGACCCGACCAACAACCCCAUCUUGCCCCUACAUACGCAGCUGUUAAUGCUCUUUGUACUAUAGGCACGCGAGAAGCCUAUGAUACAAUAAAUAGAGAAAAGCUGUUGGAGUUUCUGUAUUCGUUGAAACAACGAGAUGGCUCUUUCAUCAUGCAUCAUGGUGGAGAAGUGGAUGUCAGAAGCGCAUAUUGUGCUGCAUCGGUGGCAUCACUUACUAAUAUUAUGACUCCCAUGUUGUUUGAUGGUACUGCAGAGUGGAUAGCACGAUGUCAGAACUGGGAAGGUGGAAUUGGAGGCGUCCCAGGGAUGGAAGCACACGGUGGCUAUACAUUUUGCGGGCUAGCUGCAUUAGUCAUUAUGAAGAAAGUACAGCUGCUUGAUUUCAGGAGUUUGCUGCGAUGGGUUGCGAGCCGACAAAUGAGAUUUGAAGGUGGAUUCCAGGGUCGCUGUAACAAACUGGUGGAUGGCUGCUACUCCUUUUGGCAAGCCGGACUACUGCCACUUAUUCAUAGAACUUUACAUGCAGAAGGAGAUUCUGCUCUCAGCCUCACUCAGUGGAUGUUUGACCAGCAAGCCUUGCAAGAAUAUAUUCUUUUGUGCUGCCAGUGUCCAACUGGAGGCCUGCUGGAUAAACCUGGCAAAUCAAGAGAUUUUUAUCAUACCUGCUACUGUCUGAGUGGGUUGUCCAUAGCACAACACUUUGGCAGUGGGCAUGAAAUUAUAUUAGGUGUACCAGCGAACCGUUUGAAACCUACUCAUCCUGUGUACAACAUAGGUCCUGAUAAGGUUGCUCAGGCAGUGAUGCAUUUCAUGAAGAAAGAAGUUCCCAAUGUAGACAAUUCAAAGAAAAAUUAGUUGAAAUAACUCAUUUGAAGAAAAUCAACUUUAGUUUUUGUUAAAUAAAACACUGUACAAAGGUCAUAUCUGCUUAGUGAGCUACACAGAUCAGCUAUUAGAUGACCACUUAAACUCAAUUUAAGUCAAUCUGUAUAUGAUCUUAUUGUACAACAAAACUUAUGAACUGUUAAUUUGUUAACCCACAAUACAAAAAAAAAAAAGUGUUUAGCAUUCCUGAUCUUAAUGCAUAAUUGCUAAAUUCUUAUAUUGCACUGUGUAGAAGAAAUGCAGAGUUGUAUUCCUUUUGAUGUACGUGGAGCUUGGAUAGUCUGGUAAAGCACAGUUAUUGGGGGUUUUCGGUUAUCGAGAAAUGCACCAAAUGUUGGAGUUAAAAAGGAAACUGCAUUUUACUUGAGUAUUUUGGUCUCAGAACCAUUGGCAUUUUCAAGACCAGUGUAUCAUCAAAAUUGGUCAGUAAUCCAUCCUACUUAUAUCAAUAAUGACGGUAUCCAGAAGUACAGAAUCAUUCCCUUUAGAUAAGCACAGCUGUGUUCCCUUCUUGUGCCAUGUACUGCACCUUUUUUUUUUAAACACCAGGCUUUCUUCUUUGCUAUGGAAAAAGAAAGCAGAAAUACUGGCGCUAUAGUAGCUGGAGUGACAAGAUACAUUUAUAAAUCAGAAAAUAGAUUAAAAAACAAAAGCACUAAUUAACAAAUGAAAAGAAACUUUAUUUUUUUAGUUAACUUGUGCUUUUAUUUUAUCUAUAUUCUUAUUUAUAAAUUUAUCUUGUCCCUCCAGUUACUAUAGCGCCAGUAUUUCUUUCUUAUUUAGAGGGGGUUCCCAUAAUACUUGGCUGAAAAUGAAGGGACUAGCGCCAAUCUAUGUGUGAACAUUUGCUAUGGGACAUCCUAUUCAAUCUCUAUAGAUGGACUAAUACGUUUUUUUUUCCAAAACAAGAAAGCACCAUGUAUUUCUAUACUUUGAUACCCCGUACAGCUGUCAUAAAGAUGUUAUAUAUUAAGGCUAUAAUAUUUCCAUAUUGUUUGAUGUUAUGGGAAAGCUUGAAGCUUUAUCAAGUAUCAAAUGUAAAAAUACUGCAUAAGUAUCUGUUGUUUUUUGUUAGUUUAUUUUGCUUCUGCAGCAGUAUUAACUUUAAAACUGCCUUAUUAUUAAGUAAUUGACUGCUCAAACUGUAUAUUUAAAAUAUGAAAUGUGUUUAGCUUAAAGCAGCAAAGCAUUUUUUUUUAAUCCAAACUAUUGUAAUAGCAGUAUGCAUAUCAAACAGAUGGGGUGGGUACCGUUCUUCAGCACCUGCCAAGGUCUCUGCCUAUGCACACACCCAGGGAAAGUAUUUAAUGGAAACAACAAAGGAACUUUAUUUAACAAGUACAUAUUUUAGUACUAUUGGGGUGUGUAAGAUUUAAAGCUGUACAGAAAUGAUUCUAGUCAACACUAGAAGCUGUACGAUGACUAAUAUGACUAGUGUCAGGAACCUCUACGUUCUAGAUGAUGUCCGUCUUUCUUUGUGUAGCCUUUUCUUCACAUACUGCAAACCAAUCCAGCAGGUGACAAGAUAGACCUGUUCUUGCCCAAUGUUUCAAUAUUAAAUCAGUUUUAUAUCUCCUUACACUGAAGAUGUUUAAUAAAUCUGUUGUCUUGGAUAGUUUUAAAUACCACUUAGUGGUUCUGAGGACAAUCAUUUGGGCCAGAUAAUAGUCAUGCCUAUCUUAUUAAAGCCAUUAACUGACUAAUGUGGAGGCUACUAUGUAGCAAUAAGGGAGUUUUUGCUUUAAAUAGUAUAAUAUGUAGUUUGUUUUUUUUUCUUUCAAUUUACUAUUGUAAGAUUAAUGAAGAAUGAAAUACUCAGAAGCCAGUCAAUAAUGUGCCAAGUCAUGUUUCCUAUACAGGUUCAGAACAAGUUACAGGAAUUAUAACACAGAAAUUCAACAGUUUGUGAGACUUCAGUUUGGCAAUAAAUGAUGGCACUUAUAA